AUGGCAAUGCCCCAGAACUCAACCAGAGAAAAUGGCUUUUGUUUCGCUCAGACGCUCGACUUCUCCCACCCAUCUCCUCCUCCCGGCGAGGCCGGCCGGACCUUUGAUGCCCUGAGCGGACGGGAGCCAUGCGGCACCCCGCUGAGCAACGGCACGGCAUCUUCCAGUGCACCCAGCCCCUCCGACUCGUGUGCCAAACCCCUCUGCUCCACCACCCCGGGAGACAAGGAGACCCAAUUCAACGAAGGGAUUAAAUACGUGUCGGCCGAAGGGGAGGAACUGGCGUGCGGCUGGGGGGCGUUCACCCCUGGGUGCUUACAACUCUUUAACACGUCUAAGGGUGUCUUGUUCUUCCUCUGCGUGGCCUCCUUCCUGCAAGGCAUGACGGUGAAUGGCUUCAUCAACACGGUCAUCACCUCCAUUGAGCGGCGCUUUGACCUCCACAGCUACCAGAGCGGGCUGAUCGCCAGCUCCUAUGACAUCGCAGCGUGUGUCUGCUUGACCUUUGUCAGCUACUUUGGGGGGAACGGCCACAAACCGCGAUGGCUGGGUUGGGGUGUGCUGGUCAUGGGCUUGGGCUCCCUGCUCUUCGCCUUGCCCCACUUCACCACGGGACGGUACGAGGCGCGCUCAGCGGCAGAAGUGGGCAUCUGUGGGGGGAACCAGAGCCUGCCCUGCGCCCAGGCUGCCUCCAGCCUCUCCAGCUACAGGUUCAUCUUCAUGCUGGGGCAGUUCCUGCACGGGAUGGGAGCCACGCCGCUCUACACGCUCGGCGUCACCUAUUUAGAUGAAAACGUCAAGACUAACUACUCCCCUGUGUACAUUGCUGUCUUCUACACUGCUGCAAUCCUUGGGCCUGCAGCGGGUUAUCUGGUAGGAGGAAUGUUUCUAAAUAUUUAUACUGAAAUUGGCAGAGAGAUCGACAUCGCCCCAGAGAAUACGCUGUGGGUAGGGGCAUGGUGGAUCGGCUUCCUCGGGGCCGGAGCAGCCUCCCUCCUCAUCUCCAUCCCCAUCCUGGGGUACCCCCAGCGCCUCCCAGGAUCCCAGCGGUAUAUCGUUAUGAGGGUGUCAGAGGCUCAUCAGCUAAAGGAUGGGAGCCACAAAAAAGCAUCGGAUCCAGACUUUGGGAAAACAGUUAAAGAUCUACCUCGAUCAGUAUUGCUGCUUCUGAAGAACCCCACCUUCAUCUUCCUCUGCCUAGCGGGAGCGACCGAAGCCACCCUCAUUGCUGGGAUGUCCACAUUCGGACCCAAGUUCCUGGAGUCUCAGUUUAGUUUAAGUGCCUCUGAAGCUGCUACCUUUUUUGGUUAUCUGGUCGUGCCAGCUGGAGGGGGAGGCACAUUCCUGGGAGGAUUCCUUGUGAAUAAAUUUAAACUCCGCUGUUCAGGAAUCAUCAAGUUGUGUUUACUUUGCACGGUGUCAAGUCUGCUGGCUAUAUUCAUUUUUUUUAUUCACUGCCCUAACAUGCCGAUGGCAGGAGUAACCCAGACGUACGAGGGAAGUGCUUUGCCUGGUGGCCACCUAAACCUUACAGCAGCCUGCAAUGCUGAGUGUGGCUGCCUACAGGAGACCUACAGCCCUGUCUGUGGCAGUGAUGACAUCAUGUAUUACUCUCCCUGCCACGCUGGGUGCACAAAAGUGUCCGAAAACCUCAGGAAUGGCAAGAAGGUCUAUCAUGAGUGCAGCUGCAUUGAGAAGACCCUCUUGCCCGGCCCCGGUGAUGCAGAGGCAGGGAAAUGCACCUCCUCUUGUGCAAAAAGGCCCCUGCUCCUGUUCUUCAUGUUCGUGGUGAUCCUCUUCACCUUCCUGAGCAGCCUUCCUGGCCUGACGGCUCCUCUCAGGUGUGUCUCUGACAGGCAAAGGUCAUUCGCCCUCGGGAUCCAGUGGAUCGUAGUACGAACACUAGGAGGCAUCCCUGGCCCCAUCGCCUUUGGGUCCAUGAUUGAUAAAUCCUGCCUGCUCUGGCAGGACCAGUGCGGCGAGCAAGGUUCUUGCUACAUUUACCAGAACUCAGCCAUGAGCCGAUACACCCUCAUCGCUGGACUGGUCUACAAGGUGCUUGGGACAAGCUUCUUUAUAGUCGCCUGUUUACUCUACAAACCCCCGCCACCGGAGUCUGCUCCGGGCAGCUCAGAUGCAUCUGAAAAUGGCAACUGUGACCUCCAGGAACACAAACCUUCGCUGCCGGCUGAAGAGGAUAUAUAG